AUGACAGCCUCUUUAUGGAUUCCAGCAGAAGGCUCAGCAAGGGACGAUAUCGAGAUCUGGUAUAAUCCAUGGGUACACAGAGGUGGUGACAUCCCAGAAUCCUUUGGGUUUUACAUAGAAAGGAAUAAUGAAAAUCUCGAAACUUUACGAGAAAUAAGUCAACUGCUGAAAUCGUCUGUAGAAAAGCGGAAAUGUGGUGGAUUCCCGUGUAUAUACAGUCAACUAGGUGCUAAGAUGGGACAGGCCUCCUUGCACGCCCACCGUGGUAACCUGAUGCAGAAUUGUAUGAAUGAUCCAUAUUGUUCCCCGGGUAGACGAUGACAUCUUUUCUUCUAUGACGAUCUAAAUGAGGAUACGAUUGAACUAUGGACUGCAAAGAAAUCAUGCAUUUAUUCCUUUCUAAAACAUGGCCUGAGAUGAGACCGUACAACCAAUUAAAAUGUAGAUGACGAUAAAAUAAGACCUCAGAUGGAUUGAAAUAAUUAUUUUUUGACCAUAUGAGCAUAAAUCAAAACAUGUUGUCUGAGUGACACAGUAACUGGUGUCAAAAUGUAGAGUUAUUAAAUACUAAUACAAGUGAUGCUAAUGCUGUGAUUUCCAUAUCCAUUUCAAUUAUAAUACAUCAUCACUGCCACAACAAUGAUUUUCGAAGGAUCUUGUAUUUUAGCCAAAUUAAUAGUUGCUUAAGAAGAGAUAAGUAAUAGGUCAUACAGGGUGAGCCAAAAAAGG